AUGGAAGUUGAUCGUUUCAAUUUAUCUAAAUUUGUCGUGUCCAAUGUACAAAAACACACACGUUCUUUAUCCUCAAUUAAUGAUGAUGAAAACAAUUCGACAAUAAAUCAAUUGACCAGAUAUCAUUCAUUAAAUAUACCAUUGUCAACUAUAUCGGAUUCUCGCAAUGUUUUUCUUGUUUCACCACCACGUAAAAAUGGUUAUCUUGUACGAUCAACAACUCCAGUAUCUCCAUCCUCAUCAUCUUAUACAUUGUAUCCUGAGAGUACUUUGCUAACGACUGUACAAUCAUUAUCAAAUCCCAAUACAAGUGGAAAUUCGUUAAAAUGUCAAUCAGAAUUAUCAUCACAAUUGAAAAUAAUUGAUAUUGAUCGUCAACAAAGACCGUUAUCAAUCGUCGAUAAUGUUGAAACAAAUAUCAGAGUAAAUCUUUUACCACAAGAUAGUUGGAAUGAUUUAAUAUCACAAUCGGAAUUAUCGGAAGAUGGAGAAGAACAUGAUGAAGAUGUCUCAUAUGACAAUAAUCAAAAAUUUUGUAGUAGUGCUCGUGAUUUAUGUAUGUCAUCAAAAUCAAAAUCUACAACAAUAAUAUCAAAUUGUUUUCUCUUGCUUUACAAUAUAUUCAUUUAUCUCUUAACUUUAAUAACAAUUUUAACACCAAUUCUUUUCAUUAUGUUACCAAAAUGUUCAAUAUUUGUCAAAUAUGAAACAUUAACAUCAACAACAGUCACAUCACAUUCGUGGGAUACAUUUUAUGGAUAUAUGAAAAUAACAUUUAAAUUAAUAUUAUCAACAAUUGGUAUUCUACCAUUUUUAUUUUAUCAACGUUGUUUGACAAAAGAUUUAUUUAAAGUAUUUAUUCUCAUCUAUUUAUUUUUAUUAACAUUUUUUACAUGGUUCUUCUACAUACGUCUAAAACAGUCAUCUAUUCAAAAUAUUGAAUAUUCACUUAAUUAUCUUGAUCAUGUAAUAUUAGUAUGUUUAUUUUAUCAUGUUAUAUUAGUUGUUGUAUCUCAACAAAAAUAUUUAAAAUCAAAAUUUGUUAUACAAAUGGUACGUUCUCCUGAUGGUGUAUCAAGACAAUAUUCAUUAGGUUCAAUGAGUAUUCACGAAGCAAGUCGAUAUUUAUUAAAACAAUAUUACAAUGAUUUUCCUAUCUAUAAUCCGUGGUCAUUUAAUAUAAAAACAAUGUUGAGUGGAAAUACUGAUGGUCGAUCAUCUACGGUACAUGAGAGAUUACAAGAUGAAGUUGAAUAUGAAAGACGUUUACGAAAACGACGUGUAAAAUUAAUCAAUGUUGUUGAAAAAGCAUUUAAUCAUGUUAAACGAUGUAAUAAUAAAAACAAUAUUGAUGUUGAAGAAAAUGUGAUGAAUGCUAGAUCGGCAGCGCAAGCUGUGUUUAGUUCGAUUGCUCGUUCAUUACAAAAGUAUCUUCGCUCAACACGUCGACAAGCAUUUUUUACACGUGAUUCAAUCAUUGAUCAUUUAACGUCAUGUUUAUCAUUUGAUAUUCAACCACAAGCAUUUCUUGAACGAUAUUUACAAACUCAAUCAAUAUUACAUACACACAAUUAUUGUCAUAAAAAUAUAAUUGAUACUCGUCCAUCAAAAUGGUCCCUAGUAAAUGACGAUAAUCGCUAUUGUUCAACAAUUUACGAUGGACUAAUAUUUGUAUUGAAACAGAAUAAUAAUAGUGAUAUAUCACUAUUAUGUACAGUUCAAGAAACACCCACUCUAGAACUAGAGAAUGAUCAUCGAUUUGUAAAUUUAGAACGGAAUAAAUUUAAAUUAAAUUUAAAUUCAGAAACUUCUGUAUGA